AGUGUAAUUGAGCGCAACUCAUAUAAUCCACCACCAGUUCUCUUCUCCCUGCGACAAAACAAGGUAUAACUUCCGAAACAGGAAGCUCAACUCAAACAAGCCAGCAAUCGAGCCAUGUGCUACGGCAGCGAGCGAUUACCGUCCAAAGACGACAUCGUCGAAAUCCGGCCAGUGCAGAACGAGAACACGGUGGUGGUGGAGAAUCUCAGAGACAGGCUAGCCGAGACUGAGGCGCGGCUGGAGCGAGCCAGGGCAAGGGAAGCCGAGCUGAGCCGCCGUCUGGAGGAGAUGAAGAAGUUCGUGCUCGUGAUGGAGAUCCUGGAAACCUACCUCAGGCGCCGGUACAGGGAGCAGCAAGAUCACCUCGUUCAGCUUUACUCUUCUCCGUCUUCGGUUUCGGUACCAUCCAAAUAGCAUUGAUUUUGUUUGUUCUCUUGGCUUUCUAGGGGAGAAAAAGGCAUGGUUACUUGUGGUAUUACUGUCUGAAUUUGUGCAGUAAAGUGUUGCAAUAGCCCCAGUGUCUGUAUAAAUUAUUAAGCAUAUACUGGUGAUGCUUUUUUGCUAUGUGAAUCCAUUUUCCUCAAAAUUGAUGCAUUUUAACAAUCCUACGAGAUGGAAAAUCGAUGAAUUUGUA